GUACUCUCCAAUUGCAUCAAGAGGACACUUCAAAGAAAUAUAAAACAAGAAAGCUUAGAACAUGCAGAGCAUCAAGAUGGUAGAUGGCACCUUCAAAGAAAUUGGUGGUUGAAUUGGUCUCAGCCAACACCCUCUCUAUCUUACUUUGUAUUAAACUAAUUUCUUUAACGCGUUCUUCAACAGUAGUGUAGGUCCAUCACUAAUUUCUUUAAAGCGUCAGUACUCUCCAAUUGCAUCAAGAGGACACUUCAAAGAAAUAUAAAACAAGAAAGCUUAGAACAUGCAGAGCAUCAAGAUGGUAGAUGGCACCUUCAAAGAAAUUGGUGGUUGAAUUGGUCUCAGCCAACACCCUCUCUAUCAUACUUUGUAUUAAACCGCGUUCUUCAACAGUAGUGUAGGUCCAUCACUAAUUUCUUUAACGCGUCAGUACUCUCCAAUAGGAACUUUCCCAUGCAAGGCCUUAUAAAAUGUUGGUCCCGCGCCUUGUCCUCUGUACGCAUUCAAAGCAAAUAUAUCUUCCUUCUAUCCCUUUAGUGAUUCCUCAAGAGCCGUUUUUCCCAUUCCUUCACCCACCAUCAACAAAUGGCAGAAGCCAUUCUCUUCGACGUUGCUGCACGAAUCAUUGAGAGCUUGGGAUCCCAAACUCUCAAAGAGAUCAGACUGCUUUGGGGUGUCACAGAUGAGCUUGAGAAGCUCAAGAACACCGUUUCGACAAUCCAAGCCGUGCUUCUUGAUGCUGAGGAGCAAUGUGCAGUGAACCGUCAAGUUAGAGAUUGGCUUGAAAAGCUUAAGGAUGUCUUUUAUGAUGCAGAUGACUUGCUGGAUGGUUUCUCCACUGAAUGUCUGUUGCGAGAGAUGAUGACUCGGGAUAAGAUGGAAAAAAAGGUACGAAUCUCGUUCUCCAACUCAAACCAGCCUUUCUAUAAUCUGAAAAUGGGCCAUAAGAUUAAGGCGAUUAGACAGAAGUUAGAUGCCAUCGCAAAUGAUAGGAAAUUCCACUUGGAGGAACGCCCUGUGGAGAUAGGAGUCAGGGCAAGGAAGAGGGAUGAUACUCAUUCCUUUGUACCCGAGGCAGAAGUUAUUGGUAGAGAAGAUGACAAGAAGGAGAUCAUAGAUAUACUUCUUUAUGAUUCCAAUGUUAAAGAGAAUGUAGGAAUCCUUCCGAUUACUGGCAUCGGAGGAUUAGGAAAGACCACACUAGCUCAAUUCAUCUUUAAUGAUGAGGAAAUAGAUAAACAUUUUCAACUAAAAAUGUGGGUGUGCGUCUCUGAUACUUUCGAUGUUAGAAAAGUUGUUGAAAAAAUCCUAGAAUCUGCAAUAAAACAGAAACCAGACAUUACUGUUCAAAUGGAUACAUUGGUGCAUGGUCUUCGAAAAGAAAUUGUUGGAAAGAAAUACUUACUUGUGUUGGAUGAUGUUUGGAACGAGGAAAGUGAGAAAUGGGAUAAAUUGAAAAAUUUGUUGAUGGGUGGUGCAAGUGGGAGUAGAAUAUUAAUAACUACACGAAGUCCAAAAGUUGCACAAAUUACCCAUACAAUUGAACCAUAUUUCUUACAGGGUUUAGACAGCCAGAAGUCAUGGUGUUUAUUUAAGAAAGUGGCAUUUGAGAACGGAGAAGAGCCAGUGAAUUCUAGAAAAGUGGAAGUUGGAAUGGAGAUUGUAGAAAAGUGUUCAGGUGUCCCUCUUGUCAUCAAAACAAUUGGAAGGUCACUGUCCUUGGAAAAUUCUGAAGCAGAGUGGGUUUCUUUUAACAACAAUAAACUGCAAAAAAUAAAAGAAGAUAGAAUCAUACCAACUCUUAAGCUGAGUUAUGAUCAACUUCCAUCACAUUUGAAACAAUGCUUUGCUUAUUGUAGUAUAUUUCCCAAGGAUUACGUGAUGAAGAAAUCAAAAUUGAUAAAUCUAUGGAUAGCACAGGGGUUUAUCAAGCUAUCCAAUCAAAAUGAAUGUCUUGAAGAUGUUGGUCAUGAGUAUUUCAUGGAUUUACUUUGGAGAUCCUUCUUUCAAGAAGCUGAAAUGGAUGAUUUGGGAAACGUGAUUACGAGUAAAAUGCAUGACCUCAUGCAUGAUCUCGCAAUGUCAGUGGCAGGAUCAUUGAUCACCAAAUUAGAAUCUAAGGAAAAAAUUAUUGGUGAUCAGAAAACUCGGCACGUAUCAGUUAUCAACAAUAUAGAAUUUUCCUUUGUAAUUCCAACUUCCUCGUCUAAAGCCAGAAGGAUUCGAACACUUCUUUCGCUUGGUGAAUUGAAGGAUUUGCAAGAGUCAAGCACUUCUUGUGAAGCAAUCUUUUCAAGUUUGAAGUAUUUGCGAGUGUUGGAUUUACAUGGAAGACAGCUUGAUUUAGUACCGAGUUCUAUAUAUAAGUUGAAGCAUUUAAGAGAUCUUGAUCUUUCUAGGAAUCAAAAAAUCGAGAAGCUGCCCGAUUCCAUAUCUAGGUUGCAAAAUUUGUAUACACUAAGACUCUCUGGUUGCAGAGGGAUUAAAGAAUUGCCUAGUGGAAUUACGAAAUUAGUCAACCUCAGGCAUCUUUACAAUGAUGGAUGUUGGAGUUUGACUUAUAUGCCGCGUGGAUUGGGGCAAUUGACAAAUCUUCAGACAUUAUCUAAGUUUGUUGUCCACUCUGAUUCGGCCCCAAAGGAUAGUGGCCGGUUAAGCGAGCUAAAUAGACUAAAUAGCUUAAGAGGAGAAUUAGAGAUUUCGGGUUUGAGAAGUCGGGAGGAAGACAUCGCAUUAGACUAUAAGGGUGCAAAUCUAAAAGAGAAAGAACAUCUUCAGGUUUUGACUUUACGUUGGAGAAGAGGAAAUGUUAAUGCAGAUGAUGAAAUGGCCUUGGAAGGCUUUGAACCUCACCCAAAUCUUAAAAAGCUGAACAUAUAUGAAUAUGGGGGUGUGAGGGUUCCGAUGUGGCUUUUGUCACUCACAAAUCUGGUUCACUUGAGUUUACAUGGUUGUACGAAAUUGAAAUAUUUGCCACCAUUGGUGAAGGACGAGUGAUUCUUAUAAUGUGGAUGUCAAUACGACGGGGAAUGCUUUACUAUUCCCUCGUCUUUCAAAUUUAAGAAUAUGGAAUUGCCCUAUGUUGACUUCAUUGCCUUUUCAUCUGCUUCCUCCAGAAACAGUUCCAGUGAAAAACCUUAUAUCUCUCCAGUAUUUGGAGUUAAGCCUCUGCCCUAAAUUAAAGUCUCUCUCCCAAGGUGUACAAUAUCUCACUGCACUUCAACAACUGAAGCUUAUUGAUUGUCCCAUGCUUGAUCUAGGCAACGAUGAGCACGGGAUGCAAUGGAAAGGGCUUAAUAGCCUCAUCUCUUUGGAGUUCGUUAGUAUUCCGAAAUUGGUUCUCUCCUGUUGGGGCUUCAACAUGUUACCACUCUACGACAGCUCCGAAUCGAAGAUUGUUCAAGCUUGAUGACUAUACCAGAGUGGAUCUACAAUUGGGCAUCACUUGAGCGCACUUGAGGAUACCUAAAUUAAAGUCUCUCUCCCAAGGUGUACAAUAUCUCACUGCACUUCAAAACCUGGAGCUUACUGAUUGUCCCAUGCUUGAUCUAGGCAACGAUGAGCACAGUAUGCAAUGGAAAGGGCUUAAAAGCCUCAUCUCUUUGGAGUUCUACGGUAUUCCGAAAUUGGUGUCUCUCCCGUUGGGGCUUCAACAUGUUACCACACUACGAGAGCUCCAAAUCUCAAAUUGUUCAAGCUUGAUGACUAUACCAGAGUGGAUCUGCAAUUGGGCAUCACUUGAGUGGUUCACAAUUUCUAGAUGCUCUGGUUUAACAUCACUGCCUGAAGCAAUGAGUAGGCUAACCUCUUUGAAAGUGUUGACAAUUCAUGAUCGUCCCAUCUUAUUACAAAGAUGCGAACAAGACGGAGGUGAGGAUUGGCCCAAGAUUGCUCACAUCCCACAGCGGCACUUAUCCUGAUCCUCAACUGGAAAACGUUCGUCCUUGAGUAAAAUACGUUCAUCCAGAAACGACUUUGAGUAAAGAAGAAACAGGGGAGAGGGAUUGAGAGUUUGUUAAAAAAUCUAAUGAGCAUCUGAGGAUUAGGAAAGACCACACUAGCUCAAUUCAGUUUCAAUGA